AGUAGUGUGUGGACAACGUUUCCUUGUCAAAGUCACCUCGAAGCAUUCAGAGACGAACGGUGGUCAGUUUACCGUGGUCGUUUGAGGAAGAAAAACUGAAUACCGGAACUAACACGCGACCGUCUGUCGGAGCAAAAGAAGUUUAGGAAAAUUUACAAGUGAUUUAAGCGCCUACAGGCAAUUGAGUGAAGCCUGGAAAUUGCAUGAAAUCAAAAAAUUGUAAAAAGUGCCGGAACCAGACGCCAUAAAUCAAUUUAUAAAACCUCGCGCAGCCACGGACCAAUCAAUCAGCCUGUUAUUAUACUAUUUCUGUUGCACUGUUCUUUGUUGUUGUUUUUUAAUAUCGUUACAAUUUAGCUUAAUCGACGGAAUAAAGUUGUGAUGAAACCGAAACAAUCGUAAAUCACGUUACGCACUGCCCGGUAUCACUAGCAAACAGCAAACAUAAUAGAAACACAAGGAAGCACUGUGGAAGCCGGUAACAACAACAACAACAACAAAACAUCGAAAAUCCGAGGGGUCAUACAAUAAGAUGAUAAUCGGCUUUUACUUUCGAUACGUGUGAGACCGUUACCGAACAAAAAUCACAUCAAUUUGUGGAUUCGUUUCGAAGUCGGACUUCGCUAAUUGAUUGGUGAUAACCGCGAGGCGUCUGCGACUAGCACUAGGAAGGAAGCAUUUCCUUUAUGAACAAUCGUGGCCAUAUUGAAUGUUUAAUCGUUAGGUGAAUCGUACUUUAAGGCUCGGAAAAGUUGUAGAUAAUUGUACAUACAUAUUUAAGAAAACUACAAAAUCACACACAAGAUGUCGCUAACCGAUAAAGAGUACUACAAUCUGACCAUGAGUAUCUCCAAGGCGCUGAGCGUCCAGGAGAUGCCAAUCAAGGUCAAACACGUCCGAGCGGCCAUUAUCGGGACGUUCCACAGCAAGGGAGGGCACGCCUUUUGGGCCAUCGCCAUCCGGCAACCGAUCCAGGACAAUCGGAUCGUGGCGUGGAAGUUUUGCCACCUAUUACACAAGAUUCUCCGCGAAGGGCACCCACUGUGCUGUCAGCACUCGAUGCGACACCGGGGAAUGCUAUCGGAGGCGGGCAAGCUGUGGGGACACCUGAACGAUGGCUACGGCGUCUGCAUCAAACACUACACCAAGCUGCUGGUCACAAAGCUGGAGUUUCACGAUCGGAACCCGAGGAUACCGGGCAGCUUGGCGCUGAAGCCCGGCGAGCUGGAGCAGAUCGGAGCCGGGGAUAUUAAUUUCUACUUCCAAAUGGCGGUUGAAAUCUUCGACCACCUUGACGACAUCAUUGCCCUCCAAGCCACUAUCUUCAACUCCAUCACCACGUUCUGCGUCAGCUCGAUGACGUCCGCCGGCCAGUGCCGUCUCGCUCCUCUCAUCCCCUGCAUCCAAGACUCCAACCCCCUGUACGACUUUGUCGUGCGCAUCAUGUUCAAGCUGCACGCCAACCUUCCCUCGGACUUGCUCACCGGUCACCGGGAGCGCUUCCGGACGCUCUUCCAUCAGCUCAAAUCCUUCUACAACCAAUCCCGCAACCUGCAGUACUUUGUCAACUUGAUCACCGUACCGAAACUCCCCGAUGCGCCACCAAACUUCGAACAGCAGAGCGAUCUCGGCAACUACCAGGCCCCGGUCGUCGUCAUGCCGGAUUCCGACCCCAUGGACCAGGACACCGAAUCCAUCGCUUCGGAAAGCCUCAUCGACACUGCGGAAGCAGCUCCCCCGAUACCGGAACUGCCCCAGAACCACCACCAUCACAACAACGUCCAUCAGGCGGCGACACCCACACCGAACCACCAGGUCCUGGAACUGGAACGCCUGCUCACGGACCGGGACGACCUGAUACGGCACCUGCAGAUGGAGAUCGAACGGCUUACCAACUACGCCAAGUCGCUCACGAUCGAACAGCGGGACGUGCAGCACCGGCUCGAAGAUCAGAUCGCUCAGCUGAACUCGCACCUGACGGAAACCCGCGGCAUGGUGGCCAAUUUGCGAAUUCAGAAGGAGGAACUGGAGCUACGGGCCCAGUCGGCACCCACCUUGGAGCAGAAAGCCCAUGCCGAGGAAGAACGGGCCAAAGCGAGUGAAGAAAAGUUCCAGAAGCUGAAGACCAUGUACAGCCAGAUUCGAGACGAGCACGUCAAGCUGCUUCGACAGACCAAGUUUUAUGAAUACAAGAUCAACUGCUUCAGACAGCACGGCGAAGUGAGUAAGCAGCUAGCCGCCUCUUCCAAGGCCGCAUCGGACGCCACCAAGGGCAGAGAGGAACUGCGAGUCCAACUGGACGAAAUCCAGCAGAAGCAGUCCGUCGUCGAAGAACAACUGCAGCAGAGUUCAUCGGAAGCCCGACGGGAACAGGAAGCGGUCGUGGAAGAGCUGAAAGCCGUAUCCGAAAAGUACGAAACCCUGCAGAGUAAGUACGAAGAGAUGGAAGCCAACCGGCAGGCGGAAAUUGCCGAACUCCACAUCAGCAAGGAACGGGUUGAGGAGGAACUGAAGACAUUCCACAGCGAAAAGGAAACGCUCCAGGCGGAGAAAGGCGCUCUGGAGAGCAGCCUGGGAGAGAUUCAGCAGGAGCGGGAGCAGUUGAAUCAGCAGUACGAAGAUGUGCUGGGAAAGCUGGCGACGUUGCAUAUCAAAACGGAAGAGCACACGAAGGAGGAGGCAACACUGCAGCAGAGCGUCAGCCAGAAGGCUCAACAGGCACAAGAAUUGGCGGACAAAUUGGACCAUCUACAACGGGAAUACGAAUCGUUGCAACAACGGCACACCGAUCUCGAAGCAGCCAAGGCCGCCCAGGAACAGGAGUUCAACCGAAUCCACGAGGAAGACCUACUCAUGCUCGACUCGCUGCAGAGUGAAAUGACUGAAAAGGUUUCGACACUGAAUGCCGAAAAGGAUGAUCUUUUUGCCGCCAAGGAGGACACAUUCGUACAGUUGAUCACACUGCAGACGGAAUCCAGCCAGCGAAGUUCGGACUUCGAGUCACUGGAAAAGGAUUUGAAGAAUGUGAUUGAGCAGAAAGAUCACGAGCUUGAGGAACUGCGGGUCAAGUAUCAGGAGCUGGAGGAGAAGUAUCAGUCCCUCGAUGCAAAUAUGGACCGACUGCUGGCCGAAAAGGGAGCAAUCGAGUCUGACCUGCAAGAUUUACUUCACCAACAGGAGGAAAUGGAUCAAAAGUAUCAGGAUGCAUUGGGCACGAUCAAGAAUCUGGAAAACUCACUGGUGGAUACGAAGAUCUCCGGCGAAACGGCACUCCGCACUCUGCUGGAAGCCUGCAUCAAGUCGUCAGAGAAGCUUACCCUCAGGGCGAUCAGCGAAAGCGAGAUGCCCGGUGCCAGUGGAACGCCGACCUAUUUCCUGAUGAUCGCCGAAGAGCUGCAGGAAGUUCUGUCCAAGUUGACGAUAGUGCACGAGAACUACCUGAGGGACAACUCGACCAACGUGGAAUCGCUGGCCCGGAAGGUGAUCAUCGGAGCGCACCUGCUGGCAUCGGCCCACGUGCAGGGGAUGUCGAUUUGCAACCGGUCGGCCAAUAUCGAGUGUGGCGAACGCAUAGCCGAGGAGAUCAAGGAACUGGGUGCCUCGAUUAAUGGCCUUUUCCAGUCGCUGCAGAAAACGACCGAAUCGGCCACCGUAAGCGAGAAGAUCGCCGAUCUGCGGGGAAAACUUCAAGGCGUGACUAACAUGAUCGGUGACCUGAGCAAGCAAACCGAUGGAACGGAGAACCUUGGCGACCUGGUGGAAAACGAACUGACCAGCAUGGACAAGGCGAUCGAGGAAGCGGCAUCGCAAAUUGAGGAAAUGCUAUCGAAAUCCCGCGCAUCCGACUCCGGCAUCAAGCUCGAGGUGAACGAAAAGAUCCUGGACGCCUGUACCACUCUGAUGCAUGCGAUCCGGAUCCUGGUGCAGAAAUCGCGCCUUCUGCAGUCGGAAAUCGUUGCCCUCGGAAAGGGUUCCGCCUCGGCGAAGGAGUUCUACAAACGGAACCACCAAUGGACCGAGGGAUUGAUCUCUGCCGCCAAGAGUGUCGCCCAGGGAGCUAACUUUUUGGUGACGGCCGCCAACAAAACCGUCUCCGGAGGGGCACGGCACCAGUUGGAUCUAAUCGUGGCGGCGCAGGAAAUCGCAGCCUGUACCGCACAGCUGGUAGUGGCUAGCCGCGUCAAGGCACCGCGGGGAAGUCAGAACCUAGCGGCCUUGGGCUCUGCCUCGAAGAAUGUCACCCAAGCUACCGGAAUCGUGGUAGCAACUGCCAAAGAUUGCAGCCAACGGUUGGAGGACUCGCAAGACCUGGAUCUGAGUUCGCUGACCAUUCAUCAGGCCAAAACCAAGGACAUGGAAAUCCAGGUCAGGGUCCUCGAGCUGGAACAGGCCCUGCAAACGGAACGGAUGCGGCUGGCAGCGUUCCGAAAGAAGAACUACCAAUCGCCAGUGGAAGACUAAAUCCCAAA